AUGCCUGGUGAGAUCUCCCCACGCGCCGUGCGCUUCUCUCAGGGCGAGGCCGAGAUAGCCCAUGACAUACCCCAGCCUAAGCACCCACGGCCCGCCGCCAUCACCACCGACUCCGACGCUUCUGCCUCCUCCGAGGACUACGGGCACGAUCCUCACGAACUCGAGCGCCAGGAUGCCCUCGGGUCCCUGGCCCCGUACGGCGAAGCGAACCUCUCGGGAUCCAUGGCCUCUCUGGCCCCCAACUCGCUGGCCCAUACUGUCAGUCGCCAGCGAACCUCGAAUGGCGAUUCCAGUCCCAUUUCCGCCACUAGCAGCACGCGUUCGCAGCAGAGACCACACCCUAUGCGCACACCAUCCAGCACCUACGCUCCCCAGCGGGGCCCCCAAUCACAGCCGAGCUUCAUGUCCACGAGAUCGACUUCCCGUCGGCGUGACCCAGCCGACAAGUUUCGUGACCAAGAGCCUGCCUAUCUGCGAAUGAUGCGCCAAGACCGCCCUCCCCCUGGCUAUUUCGACCCCUAUACGCCCAGUGAGGUGUAUUCAGACGAAGAGUCCGAAGGCGAGACCCCGUCCUCCGAGGGCGUCUUUGACGAUCGUUUCAACGAUGAAACCAUCAUGUUCCAAAAUCUGAUCGACGAUACCCAACCGACAGAAGAUGAUGUCAAGGAUCCCGUCAACCGCGAACGACUGGAGUGGCAUGGCAUGCUAGCAGCAGUGCUGACUGGAGACGUGGUAAAACAAGAGAAGCGGCGACUACUGGGAACGUCGGAGAGUGAGGGGGCUCAGAAGGCGCAUCAGACCGAUUUGUGGCUGGGAAUAAGGUCCAAAACAACUGGCCGUUCUUUCGCUGUACAGCGAAGGAUAGUUGACGAGGCGCGAGAUAACCUGGACCGCAUCAUUGACGAGAUCAUACGAUUCGAGGUGCAGGGCGAGGCUGAAGCUGGAAAGCCCGCCGUUGAGCAGAUUGGAGAUAUUGUGAAGAAGAUCGAGAAAUGCGAGAGCUGUUACUCCUCCUGGAAGGUCUUAGGGGACUCCCACCGCACGGCCACAUCUCAAGCGUUCCAUGAGGCCUACGAUGCUGUCAUGUCGUGGUACAAUACCAACGAGAUGAUCAACACCGAGCUAUCGAUCCUGAAGAAAUGGGUUGGCAAUGAUGAGCUGGAUUUCCACAAGACGGAACAGAGAUCGCCGGGUACUAAUGAGCUUAGCGAUGAGACGUCUUUCCUGGACCGCCUCUUGAAAGAGGAUGGCCUUAGGUCACUUCACGACGACGACGAUGAAGCUGCGAAACAAGAAAACGCGCUCAAGACGAAGACCCUGAUACGAAGAAGCAUGUUGGCGCCCAUCUCGAAUACGAUAGCCAAGGCGAAGGAGACACUCAUCAUGAACUCGGGGGCUUUCCACAAGCGACACUUGCCCCCCUAUAUCGAAGAGAUUCUCACGCUUAUUAGCUUUCCCUCUCGUCUCAUCGAAGAGAUUAUUAGAGUACGACUGGCUUACGCCAGGAAGAUGAAGGAGACUACCCAGCAAACACCAAUCCUCCAGGACCAGAUGAUUUCCCAGUUUGAGCUUCUCUUGAAGCUUGCUGUUCGCAUCAAGCAAGAGACACUUGCCGUGUCUCAAGCGCAACCCGGCUGGCAACUACCACCGUGUAUUGACGAAUCUUUCGACCAGGUUGUCCUAGACGCGCUGAAGUACUACUUCAAAAUGCUGAAUUGGAAGCUCAGCAGGAACAAGAACACGUUCAAAGAGGCAGAAAUUCUGGACCAGGAAUGGAAUUUCGCCAACGAGAUUGGGCGACAUCUUCAAGGAGGUGACGUCGAAGUGGCCGAGCAAUUCAGUAAUCUGACCUACAAGGCUCUCAAUCGGCUCAGUCAAACCUUCGAGCGCGAGCUUCAGAGGAAGCCGAAGGAGAGUCCUGACAACAUGAGCAAAAGAUACAUGCAGACGCUUGACUCAGUACGGGUGAGACAGAGAAUGCUGCAACGCUUCUCUAGGUUGUUGAGUCAACAUUACGAAAAUGCGUCAGAUAUGAGCAUCGCUUUAGACGCCGAGGAUCUUAGGAACCUAUACGAACGUCUGUCGAUAACGGGACACUUCUUGGUUGACGAGAUCGAUGGCAUUCAGAUCAUUGCUUCGCCUUCGCUGAUUGGUCGUGAUGGAGAAGUCCAAUCAAUCUUGAGAAGCUGCUUUCAGUCACAAAUAUCAGAAGACCCAACGGACCCGUACAUCCUGAUCCUGCGCCCAGAAGCACCGCUGCAUUGGUUUGGGAACCGGAGUACUCAGACUCUCAACAUCGAGUCGACUGACCUGAAACUCGGCCAGAUGCGCCUUAUUGCGGACGGAUCCCAAGUCAGGCUGGCCAAUGCAAGGAACAUCUUCCUGGAGACGAUUGACAUGCACCUGGAUCUCAUCGUGGAAGCACGCUCAAACUUGCACAAGGUGAACACCAGGCUCUUCGAAAUCCGCAAGGUUGGCUUCAAGCUAUCCACCACAUUCAUGGACAGCGUUGAGAUCAUACGAAAUCAGACCCAAGGUCUAGAUUGCCAUGACCUUAUUCAGACAUGCUUUGUGUUCGCCACAGAAUUUGGCCGGCGGUCUCUCCUCUAUAUGGACAGCAACCGGCGGCAAAUGAAUAACAUGAAGCUCCUGAAGCUCAGCCUCGACUGGGUCAGCUUCAUCUGCGACGACUGCAAGGUUACGGACCGUCGAUCUUUCCGAUGGGCAGUGCCCGCUCUCGAGUUUGCGAUGAAUAUGACGACUGGCCGGCAUAUCCUGGGACUUGGCGAUGAUGAGUAUGCUAGGUUGCGAGCCAAAGUAUCCGGUUGCAUGUCACUUCUCAUCUCGCACUUUGACAUUCUCGGUGCCAAGUCUAACCAAGCGGCACAGUCCGAACGAGAACGCAUCGAAGCUCUCGUUGGGCAAUUCCGAAGAUUCGAUAAGAACAGGAUGAUGGACGACGAUGAAGCUCAUACGUAUAUCCAGGAACAGCGAUUGCUCAAGAUUGCCGAGGUUGACGAGGUUCAAAGCCAGGUCGUCGCAGAGAGGCACGGCAUCGGGCGGGUGUUGGAGGUCUCUAACGAAGUCGAUCGAUCACUCGCUUACUUGUCUUCGUCAGCCACCAAUGUUACAUUGAGAUGGCAACAGGGCCACUUCGUCGGCGGUGGUACUUUUGGCAACGUUUAUGCUGCUAUGAACCUGGACACCGGGCAUCUGAUGGCCGUCAAGGAAAUCAGACUGCAGGAUCCCAAGUUGAUACCGCAGAUCGCGACGCAGAUCAAGGACGAAAUGGGCGUUCUAGAAGUCCUCGAUCAUCCUAAUGUCGUCUCAUACUACGGUAUCGAAGUACACCGUGACCGGGUCUACAUCUUCAUGGAAUUUUGCUCGGGUGGUUCCUUGGCCAAUCUGCUGGAACAUGGUCGUAUCGAGGACGAACAAGUCGUCAUGGUGUACGCACUGCAGCUUCUGGAAGGCCUAGCCUAUCUGCAUGAAAGCCACAUCGCCCACCGUGACAUCAAGCCAGAGAAUAUCCUCCUCGAUCACCACGGCGUGAUCAAAUACGUCGAUUUUGGUGCCGCCAAAGUCAUUGCUCGUCAAGGGCGUACCUUGGUUCACGGUGCUGCUGCGACAAAACCCAACAAAUCGAUGACAGGUACGCCCAUGUACAUGUCGCCUGAGGUCAUCAAGGGUGAGAACCCAGGCCAUACAGGAGCGGUUGAUGUGUGGUCUCUGGGAUGCGUGAUUCUCGAGAUGGUCACAGGCCGGCGACCCUGGUCUAAUCUGGACAACGAAUGGGCGAUCAUGUAUAACAUCGCUCAAGGCAACCCACCGCAGCUUCCAGGUACAGAUCAGUUGAGCCCACAGGGCAUCGAUUUCCUGGAGCGGUGCUUUAUCAGGGACCCAAGGAAGCGAGCAAGCGCCGUGGAGCUGCUUCAGCACGAGUGGAUUAUGGCCAUCCGUAGUCAGGUCGUGGAGCCGCCAACACCAAGCGACAGCUCCUCUGUACAGAGUACGCCGCAUCCCAGCUCGGGCGGAAGCAGGGGAAGUGCCGGGAACGAUGGGUUUUAUUAG